CAGAGCACUGUGGAGAAGGAUGGUGUAGACCAUUUUGGUGUACUGGUGUGGAUUUUGGGAGCUGCGCCCUGUCACAAAAGGAAGGAGCUGGGAUGCUUCUUUUGGCUGAGCUGUUACACACAGAAAAGGACUGAACAUGGUGGUCACACCUCCAUGACCAGCUGGGAAGAUGCUUGCUCUGUGUGGUGUCUGAAGUAGCACCUCUAGGGGUUGUGCAUAGUAGUCCUUCCACUGGGAGCCCACCAAAGAGGCUGGGAAUUGGUUAAAUCUCCUGAAGUCCCUAAUGAGAAGUGUACAUAAGGAAGCUUUUUCUUUGGAUCAAAGUCUUCUGGCUUAAUAGAAGCCAUUGGAGCUUUGCAGAGGCAAGGGGCAUGUUAAUGUGUAAGCCACAAGGAAGUCUAGGGAUGUUAGGUUCUCUGUUGAAAGCAUUUCUGGGCUAAACUGCCUCCCUGCCUGAUUACUCUGCCUUCUGAGGAAGAUGUCUGAUCCAUUUCAAAUCUUAAACCUCGAUAUGAAGCCUGGGAACACCCUGAAGAUCAAAGGCAAAAUAUCUGCUGAUACUUCUGGCUUCAGCAUCAAUCUUGGCUCCAGCUUGAAAGAUCUGGCACUUCACUUCAAUCCCCGCUUCAAUGAGUCUGUCAUUGUCUGUAACUCCAAGUGCUCCGAUGUGUGGCAGAAAGAGCAUCGUGACAGCCACUUCUCUUUCUUCAGGGGCUGCACUGUCAAGUUCCUCAUUGAAAUGCUGACAGACAAAUUUCGUCUGAAACUACCAGAUGGGCAUGAAGUGUGUUUCCCCAACCGGCACAGCUACCGCAAGAUCAACUACAUGAACAUCAUGGGAGGCUUCAAGAUCACCUCCUUCAAGCUGAGCUGAUGGGUGCCACUUCCCAGCUCUAAUAAAAGACCAAGCCAGUGGAACACUGCUUGCUCCAU